CGUGCAAAUGCAGCCACCGUUCAAACCACGAUAUUUGGGCAAUUGGUUGCCGAGGCACUACCAAAGAGCCUCCAUUGUGUGAUGAUCAAGCUCACAUCUGAUUGGUUAACAGAGCCAUCUCGCCAUGAACUGGCAGAUGAGAACAGAAACUCACCUAGACUUGUUGACAACAACCUCUACCAUUUCUGCAUC